CGCUAUAUUCAACCUCGCGGUUGUACUCAGAGAUUCUAUCUACCAAACCGCAGAAACGUUCAAAGAGUCAUUCAAGCCGAAGGCAAUGGCCACGAAGAUGUUGGACGAGGUCUCGAGGAAGAUAUGCCCCGAUCUCCGACAUUUUGUCGUUUUCUCGUCCGUCUCAUGCGGCCGAGGAAACGCUGGGCAAACUAAUUAUGGGAUGGCUAAUUCAAUNAUAUGCGAGAGAAGAGUACAAGACGGAUUACCCGGAAUGGCUAUACAGUGGGGCGCGGUGGGUGAUGUUGGACUUGUUGCCGACAUGCAAGAGAACAAUAAGGAACUCAUCAUCGGCGGUACACUGCAACAAAGAAUACAGUCCUGUCUUGAUUCACUGGACACUUUUCUGAUGCUGAAUCAACCGAUCGUUUGUAGUAUGGUUGUGGCUGAAAAGCGCGCGUGCUUUGGCGGAAUUAUGGAUGUUCACGAGGCUGUAGCGAACAUCAUGGGUAUAGUUUUUUCAUGAGUAAAAUGAAGCAAUUAAGCAUGUA